CGCCCGUCUAUACUCCGUAGUGACUUAGCUCAUAUAUCCAUAUAUCUCCGCAACUCGACUCAAUUGCACUGGUUCGACUCGAAUUUACCAUGACCUCCUUGCGCUUUGUCAGAUCUGUCUGGGAGUCCUUUCGGGCCAAUUCGGGGCUGGAGCCUCGUCUAUUAGAUGGUCUCCGCGUAACAGCCGCCCGACCCGGCAGAGUCAACUUUGAACUCGACAUCAAGAAAGAGCACACAAACCGCUUGCAAAUCCUCCAUGGCGGGACCAUCGCCAGCAUGGUGGACCUAGGCGGUUCCCUCGCGGUAGCCUCCCGCGGUCUCUUCGCUACGGGUGUAUCGACCGAUCUCAAUGUGACCUAUCUCAGCUCCGGGGGUAAAGUCGGAGACAAGAUUCUGGCGGAGGUCAAAUGUGAUAAAUUCGGCAAAACUCUGGCCUACACCUCGAUCAAAUUCCUCAACGAGAAGGGCGAUGUCUUUGCGCGGGGUAGUCACACUAAGUUCGUCGCCCUUGCAUGGAAGGACCCGCAGAAUAUCGUCGAAGAGAUGGCAAAGGAGGAGCAGCAGUCCUCGUCAAAGAGCGAGGGUUAAGUGGGCUCUUUCUUUUGAGGGUACUUUGGUGAAGGUGAUAAGUCGGAUCGUCGGAGACACGACUCGUACCCCUGUAGAAAAAAAAGGCAAGAGACGCGAGUUAGAGACUGUAGCUGUAUAGAUGUACAGUAUAUAUGUUGGGACCG